GCUUCUUAGCAACGCGCGGUCAAGUGACCCGAUCAGCUGACUCCGGUGGAGGACUGGGUUGUGGCGGCCAGUCCUGGAGCUUUUGCGGCCACGAUUGCCCGAGCCGCACGGUCAUCGUCAGAAUGUCGGGCAAAGACCGGAUUGAAAUCUUCCCCUCGCGAAUGGCGCAAACCAUCAUGAAGGCACGGCUGAAAGGGGCGCAGACUGGCCGGAACCUCCUGAAGAAAAAGUCGGAUGCCUUAACGCUGCGCUUUCGACAGAUCCUGAAGAAGAUCAUCGAGACCAAGAUGCUGAUGGGUGAAGUGAUGAGGGAGGCCGCCUUCUCCCUGGCCGAGGCCAAGUUCACUGCAGGUGACUUCAGCACCACAGUUAUCCAAAAUGUAAACAAGGCUCAAGUGAAGAUUCGGGCGAAGAAAGAUAACGUAGCAGGUGUUACUUUGCCGGUAUUUGAACAUUACCAUGAAGGAACCGACAGCUAUGAGCUGACUGGUUUGGCCAGAGGUGGGGAGCAGUUGGCAAAGCUAAAAAGGAAUUAUGCCAAGGCCGUGGAGCUGCUGGUGGAGCUGGCUUCCCUGCAGACUUCCUUCGUUACGCUGGAUGAAGCUAUUAAGAUCACCAACAGGCGUGUAAAUGCCAUCGAGCACGUUAUUAUACCUCGGAUUGAACGUACCCUUGCUUACAUCAUCACAGAGCUGGAUGAGAGAGAGCGAGAAGAAUUCUACAGGUUAAAGAAAAUACAAGAGAAGAAAAAGAUUCUCAAGGAAAAAUCUGAGAAGGACUUGGAGCAACGGAGAGCAGCUGGCGAGGUGCUGGAGCCUGCGAACCUCCUGGCCGAGGAGAAGGAUGAAGACCUUCUGUUUGAAUAGUCUUCUGCUCAGCUUGGGAGUCCCCAGCAUGGCUCCGGUUCAGUUCAGUGUCUGGGUUUGGGACACGUGGCUAUUAAUAUUUUGGCCUAAGAAUUUCAGCAAUUCUAAAAUACACCUGGAUGUCUACUUACGGGCUGGCUGGCACAGGAUCCAGUCCAGCACUGUAGGUCGCUGGCAAGUGAGGUCUGCAGAAGCUGCUCCAUGACGCACAGGCUUCCUUCCUGCUUGGCACAGUUCCAUUUACAUCUGUGUUCACGUGACCUGUUUACCAGGCAUUUUAAGAAAUACCCUUUAGGAAGUGUUAGUGGUCUCAGGCCAGCUGCUGUGAAGACACGUUCCCACCCGCUUAGACCUUCACACGUGUCUGCGAUGCCACUGCCACCCGUGUCACCACAGUACUUCUCAAGCUUUGUGAACACCUGCACUUUCCUUCCCUUGCAUGACAGGUCUGUCUUGUCUUGGGAGCAGUCUGCCAAUUUAAAUGUGACUGUGUUAUACAGAGUAAAGUGAUUAAAAAAUAAUCUCUUCUUUUUCUUA